AUGGCGAAGAAAAUCAUUCACCCCUUUCACAGGCAACACCCUUUAGCCCUUCUGCCCAUGCCCGCCGCGUACAGCAAAGCCCGAUUCAGAUGCGAAGCCUGCGGUAAAACAGGGAAGGGCUUCUCCUACAACUGCAAACUUUGCCGCAUCAGUUUGCAUGUAUUUUGCGCCCAACUGCCGUUAUCCGUCACACAUAUUUCCCACACCAAGCAUAGUCUCGAUCUUACUUUUGAAUCCCCAUACCGCAACAACAAGUUCUCCUGUGAUAUAUGCCGUUGCCUUGGAAAUUCACGCGACUGGCUUUAUAGGUGCAAAUCUUGUGAAUUCGACGCGCAUGUCAAUUGUGCCAGAGGCGUUCCGCCUACUAUCCCUUCACCGUUAGAGCCCAACGAUGAAAAGCCGCCCGCCACGUGUUCGAUAUCGAGUCCAUCAGCGCCUCUGCUGCAGCAGCAGCAGCCAAAUGUGAUGAAUGAUCCUCCUUUUGAGGUCAACGUACAGAAAGAUGAAUUGACUCUUAAACUCCUUCAGCAAUUGAUUAGUGACAACGUAAGCGCAGUAGCUCACGCGUUACUUUCAGGGGGCGGCGAUAGUUCUGGAGGAGUUAAUAACAGGGGAUUACAUCAGCUGAUUCAGUUGAUAUCUGACAAUAAUAGCCACAGUAGCGGCGGCAGCCAAGAGGAUGGUGGUGAAGGCGGCCAAGAGUACUCUUUUCAAGCCCUACAAAUAGAUGAUGGUGGUGGCGGCAGUGGCGGCGACGGUGGUGAUGUUGCUGGUGACAAUUCUGAUUUGCAGGCGGCGGUGAUUGAAGGUGAUGGUGAUGGUGAUGGAGGAAUUAGUGGAGUGGAUCCGAUACAAUCUUUAUUGGAAGAUGGAGAUACUAUUGAUGUUUUUACUGGCUUACUUGGAGGGUUUACCUUUUGA